AUGCCGCCUCGACGGCGCAAACCUCCCCGCGCAGGAGCCCUCACCGAACUUCCGCCUCUGAAGAUCAUCCGCUCCAUCCUCCUCCUACAGCUCUCCUACUACGCGACGGCCCUCGUGCUGAUAUUGUUCACAACCUUGGUUCUGGGCCAGAGAUUCUCUUUCAAUUUGAUAUUUGAUUGGAAUAGCGUGCGCGGGGAUACGACUGUCGGCUGGACUGUCGGCUUCUUAUGGGUUGUUGACGGGUUUAUAACAGUAAUACCAAUCCUUCUUCUAAUCUCUCGCUCGAAACUCGUCCCCGACUUUGCCUUGACGAUUCACUUCAUUCACCUCCUCAUAACCUCUUUCUACACGGGCGGCAUUCCGACGAACUUAUUAUGGUGGGGACUAGAAGCUGGCAGCGCGGCGUUGAUGAUUACGUUAGGUGUUUGGGCCUGCCGGUAUCGUGAAAUGCAACCUAUCUCUUUCGGGACUCCGGCGCACAAGAAAGCAACUGGUCAAAAUGCAGCCAACGGAUCGGCACAGGUAGCCGUUAUCGACGAUCAUAUACGAGGCAGUCCGGGAAGGGGCAUAAGGAACGAUGCAGGUCCAAGCUAUGAGAUGGUCAAUGUGAGAGGAGACCAAAAUGUAUAA